GGUCAUCCCAAACCUCCGGACGAAAGUCCAGAACAUGUACGUAUUAAAACUGAUCCAAAUCCCCACAAAAAUCUCACCAAAUUUGUUAAUCUCUUGCCACGAAAAUCCCUCUAUAAAUAUCUCUGUUUCACCUCUAUUUUUGCCCUUAAAAACCCUAGAUUUCACGCCGCCAGGCCGCCGAAAUUGCUCGCCGGAGUUCGUCUCGGCCGCCACGGUUUUUCGUCAAUUCCGACGGACACAGGGAAUCGACGGGAUUUUCCACCGCCCGAGCCACCGUCGACAACACCAAGUCCGGCCGCUCCUCGACGCCGUUGCAGGGAGCAGCAGCCCACGUCGACCACGCCCCUCUUCGCCUCGACGAUCCGCACGUCGUCCUCGCCUCUGCCGAGUUGAAUACUCGCCGAGCUCGUCGCUGCCGCUUCAGCCGGACCCCACCAUCUUCAGAGACAGAAAAGGACCAGCGAGAACGCGCAGGACCCCUCUGAGCAAAGCCGCACGCUGUUCCUCUCUUCUCCAUCCCCGGGGACCUCUACCGCGAGCCGUGUCCGGGUCUGGCGUCGUCGUCUCGGCCAGCCUAAUCAGCUACUGCGGAGACGAUCAGCAAGCACAGGCUAGGCAGAGGAAGGACCUGGACGUCUGGACAUCAGCGGGAAUCACGCACGCGAGAUGGCUUCUUCGUCGACCAAGGCCGCCUUCACCGACUUCCUUUGUGCCGAGCCGAGACACUCAGGCAAGCAAUUUGGGAUGCAAUUUCAAGUCAUGGAUGUCAAGGAAAAAAGAAGAAUAAAAGAUAGAGAGCGAUAUGCCCGGUUGACCGAUCAAGAGAAGCAGCAAAAACUAAGAAAACGCCGCGAAGCUUAUAAGCAAAACAAAAAAGAUGAAAAAGACGAAAAAAUAUGCAGAUUUAGAGCCAGAACAAAGGAAAAAAGUAUGUGCACAAAAAAGAUAGAAAUAUGCAAAUAUGCAACCAGCAGAAAAGAAAGCUAGAUUAGAACAAAUUAUAGCUAACCGUGAGUUUAGACGCAACACGCCAUGUAAAGAAUCGAUUGCGAUGGUGAACCCUUUAUAUGUCUCUACAUAAUAAAUUGGUGCAUUUGCGUUUAAUUAAUGUGUACCUAGAGGUUAUAUGAAUAUAUUGACAUAUUUUUUUAAUCCAUUUUUGCUAAUUUGGAGCAAAAUUUAGGCAAUGCUUAUAUUUUUCGAUAUAAAUCUGACUAUUUUUUUGAACCGUUGCAACGCACGGGUAUUUUUCCUAGUGAAAACUAAAAUACAAUGCAUAACAACUCUUUGUUUGUCUUUCUUAAUUUUGUUGUUGUUUGAAUG